GCAAGCAGAGUCUUGGUGGCUUCCCGUAAUUUUGCAAAUGAUGCUACGUUUGAAAUUAAGAAAUGUGACCUUCACCGCCUGGAAGAAGGCCCUCCUGCCACGACAGUGCUCACCAGGGAGGAUGGACUCAGAUACUACAGGAUGAUGCAGACUGUGCGCCGAAUGGAGCUGAAGGCAGAUCAGCUCUAUAAGCAGAAGAUUAUUCGUGGUUUCUGUCACUUGUGUGAUGGUCAGGAAGCUUGCUGUGUGGGCCUGGAGGCCGGCAUAAAUCCCACAGACCACCUCAUCACAGCCUAUCGGGCUCAUGGCUUUACCUUCACUCGUGGCCUUUCAGUCCGACAAAUUCUCGCAGAGCUUACAGGACGGAAAGGAGGUUGUGCCAGAGGGAAAGGAGGAUCCAUGCAUAUGUAUGCCAAGAACUUCUACGGGGGCAAUGGAAUCGUUGGGGCUCAGGUGCCCCUGGGAGCUGGGAUUGCUCUGGCCUGUAAGUAUAAUGGAAAAGACGAAGUCUGUUUGACUUUAUAUGGUGACGGUGCUGCUAAUCAGGGUCAGAUAUUCGAAGCUUACAACAUGGCAGCUCUGUGGAAAUUGCCUUGCAUUUUCAUCUGUGAGAAUAACCGCUAUGGAAUGGGAACAUCUGUGGAGAGAGCGGCGGCCAGCACAGAUUACUACAAGAGAGGCGACUUUAUUCCUGGGCUGAGGGUUGAUGGAAUGGAUAUCCUGUGUGUCCGAGAGGCGACAAGGUUUGCAGCUGCCUACUGUAGAUCUGGGAAGGGGCCCAUCCUCAUGGAGCUGCAGACUUACCGUUACCACGGACACAGCAUGAGUGACCCUGGAGUCAGUUAUCGUACACGAGAAGAAAUUCAGGAAGUAAGAAGUAAGAGUGACCCUAUUAUGCUUCUCAAGGAUAGAAUGGUGAACAGCAAUCUCACCAGUGUUGAAGAAUUAAAGGAAAUUGAUGUUGAAGUGAGAAAAGAAAUUGAAGAUGCCGCCCAGUUUGCCACGGCUGAUCCUGAGCCACCUUUGGAGGAACUAGGCUAUCACAUCUACUCCAGCGAUCCCCCUUUUGAAGUUCGUGGCGCCAACCAGUGGAUCAAGUUUAAGUCGGUCAGUUAAUGGAAGACGGUGUGUGCCGGAUGGUUAUGCCUGCACUGGGCUCUUCAGCUGCAGCUGUAAGGAACUCCUGUUUUAACUUUAUUAAGGAGGAAUAAAACCCAGAAAAACAGAGGUCUUGUAAAGUUUCAUUAAGACUUACUGUGUCUAGACUAAAUGAAAGGGAUAGUAAUUGCAUGCAGGUUGUACAUUGUUGCAUUCAAAGAUGUUAUUGAGUGCUUAUAUAGUG